GUUACGUACCAAUAGUCCCCGAGGUAGCUGCAAAACUCGCGAUAGUGCAAGUCCACAUUGGUAUGUCAAGAGCAGUGUUGCACGUGUUUGUGAACGUUCAGCAAGGGUGACAGUGAUCGUCUUUGAUCCCGGACUUUUUUCUCUCACGGAUAUGGUAGACGUUACAACAGCUUUACCAUCCAAUGGAGGAGCAUCGCUAAUUGGACGCACCAGAGGUGCUCUCAGAUCUGUGCGAUCUGCUCUAGGUGGAAGUGGGGAAUAUCUUCAGGGCCUAGGGAAUAGAAUAGGAUCCGCUCUUAGUAGCAGCUUAGAGGAAAGCGAACUGACUACAACCCCUUCCUCGCCAUCAUCGCCGCCACAAGCACCACCGCCGCGGACUACCAAGCCAGAGGAGCAAUUAGGACGGCGGAAACUCAGGCUUCCGAAGUUUGGCGCUGGAUUGUCCUAUGAAGAUUACGAGGCAAUAGCGCGUCACAAACUGGAACGACAAGGAAACGCCAAUCUGUCUAGAACACGGAAAUAUCCGCCUGGGAUGACUUACGAGGAGAUAGCAUCCUCGAGAUCAGCAGCCUCUAGCAAGAAACGGGAGAGUCGCACUGAACAAGAGGAUAUCAGUCCCGAUCGCGAUAGCCAGGAAAGUAUAGAGCCCAUUCAGGAACAGGACAUCAAAGCGACCGGGCCUGAUCCUUACGAGAAGUUGAAUUACAAAGCAGCGAGGGCGCCGACCCGCUAUCAGACGGUUGUUUUCCGUUUAGGUAAUUGUAACAGUCAGUCAGUGUGGACUGUGAUCCCCUGUGAUCUCACCCGCGUGUCUCCUCAGUGUAUUACACGUAGGGAUGCUUCGGCUUUAAAAUAUCGAUACUUUUACACAUUUUCAUUACAUUUAAAUGUAAUACGAUAUUCGAAAGUUUCUUGGGCUUCGAGUUUGUCGGCUGAUAGUCAAUCAGAAGAAGCAGCCGCAGAUUUCAUGAAAGCUUUCGUACCUUUAUUAUUCGACGCGCCUAACAGUAUCGAUCAAGAGCAAAAGGCUAAUUUUGGACAAAUGGUUUUGACAGAAUCCGGAAGAAUAUGGUUUUCCAGAGUGGUGAAUGCGAGAAGAGCACGUGCAUGUGUCACAGAAGCUUCAUUUUAUUCUUUGGCUCAACAUUUCGCAGUCGCACUGUUCGAGUGUCACGAAGCCGAUGAUUUUGCGCCUGCUAAAAGUCUUAUGAAUAUGUGCUUCACUUUUUAUCAUGAAGUGGAAGUUCCUGGAUUAGAGCCUUAUCGUGAAUAUUUGUACACACAUUUACGAGUUCAACCGAUAUGGACGUCCAUGAGAUUUUGGACUGCUGCUUUCUUCGAUGCAGUGCAAUGUGAGCGAGCGUCAAGACCAGUACCACCUCGACCGAAAUCUUUAGAUCAAGAAAGCAUUGCCGCCGAAGAUAGGAAGUUUCAAGCAAACAUCGUUUUCGGACAAUUAGGGACUUUUACUUGUAACAUGCAUGCAUUCGGCCUGUCACGAGCUUUAUGUACAGAAUUUCUCCGAAAACAAUGUAUUAUUGCAAACUUAACUAAAGAACAAGAGAAGAUGCUGCGAGACAAUAUAGAUCGGAUGUUUGAUGAGACUGAGCCAUGGCGGUAGUUUAAUCAGAGUUAACAGAUAAAAAUCAAUUUUUUUAAAAUCACUUUAAAAAAAGUUUUGCAAUGUUUCUUCUUGAAAAUAUUGCUGAUAAAAUCGAAUUGUCUUCUAACGCUGAGAAAAAGCAACGAAGUCAAUUAUGAGAAAGAUCUUGUUAAUAUUGUUGAUGUAAAUCAACAUUUGUUAAAUUUUUCGCGGUAUAUGACGCUGGACACGUCAAUUCCUAAAAUGCAAACACUGCACAGAUUCGCGCCUUAAAUUGUAAAAAAAAUGUUAACUCUUGCUAUUAAAACUCUUAUGUUUCUGAUAU